CGCCUGGCCUCCCAUGUCUCCCCAGAGGUCCUCUCCCGACUCGCGCUCGACGUCCCCAUAUCCCCAGGCGUCAACCUCGUCCAAGAAGUCCAAGAAGAGAGAGCAGUUCAGCGCGUGCGGCGCGUGCAGGAUGAGGCGCGUUCGGUGUGAUCUCAAGGACCUUCCCGUGUCCAGCUCCGGCCAGUCCGUCUCGUGCACCAACUGUCGCGAGCGCGGCCUCAAGUGUGUGGACGAGUUCGCGGAGGUCAAAGCUGUCAAGCUGCUCAGGCGCGGCAGGCGCCUCCAGCAGGCGGAGGCUGUUUACGGCAAGGUGCCUCUAGAUCAGGGUACCCUGCGCUCUGUCACGCCCCCGCAGAACGUAAUCCCACGUCUCGCGCCCGAGUUCUUCGAGUCGCCUUUCUUCUGGCGGUUUCACAUCCAGCGCCCGAUUAUCGAGCCCCUCGAGUUCCGCGAGCGGUACCUGCAGUUCAUCAAGGGCAACACCGACGCCCUCCAUGUGCCCGGGCAGCUUAUCGCCAUGGCGCUCGUCGUCUGGGCCGCCAGCUUCGGCGUGAACGAGUACGGCCAGGAAGACGUCCAGGAGGCUCCGACAGAUACUCGUCAGCGCAAGGAGCGAAUUAAUGAGAUGUUGCAGGAGAUACUCUACCUCGUGGACAUGCACGGCAUCCUCCGCAAGGCAUCGUGGGAUGGUGUCCGGCUCCUGCUUCUUCUGCUGCCUUUGACUCAGGACCUGCAGUCGCCCAUGGACCGCCUGGUCAUGUACGAAGCCACGCUGAGCCAGGUGUACAACCUGUGCAGCAUUGCCUCGGCUGCCACGGUCAGCAGCGGACAGGGAGAGUUUAUCGACGUGCUCGUCAGGGCCAGAGUGUUUUGGUAUGCUCACAUUCUCGACGGCAUGACCAGCGGCCUCCGAGGGGGGCGUAUAUGGCUGUCCGACGAUGAUCUAACAUCCUUCGAGAGCACGUUGCCCGUGCGUACAGACAAUACACCGGGUUGUUCCAUCUACGUUUUUACCUUCCGCUACGUGGCGGUCCCCCUCCGCAUCUCCUCGGUCAGCCGGACGAUCCACGCUGCCUUGACUGGGCCAAAGGCCAAGCAGAGCGACGGGAUCCAAGAAGACCUGCUCACGAAAGCCUGGAGCAGCCUCGAUCGAUGCUGGCAAGAUCUCGAUGGCCUCAGGCAGAUUGGAACAGCUGAAAUUAUCGAGGUCGAGGACAUGGAAAGGUUCAUACACGGGUGGCAGAUAUUCAUAUUUGAGUGCCAUAAUGUUAUCCGCGAGGGCCUGAAGACGAAGCUGGACGCGGCGCGCUCCCAGGCCCCCCGUGCUCCGGACGUGGAAGGCGGUCUGGUGUCCAGUCGCGAAGGUUUGAGCCGCCUGUACGAGAAGGCGCGGACCCGUUGCGUCAGCGUGGUCCAGCAGGUGGUCAAGAUCAUCCAAGCGAACCUCGGCACGACCUUCUUCCAGUACGACGCCGCGAUCGUCCGGGACGGGUGCUUCUUCGCGGCCUUUCUCCUCGCCGGCGAGAGCGGCUCGAGCGGUGACGUCGAGGCGUGCCUGCAGGCACUCAGCGAGAUGCGCUGGCUCUUCGCCAAGAGCGAGGAGCGCAUGCACACCGUGCGGAUGAUCUGGCAGGCCCGGAUCCAGCAGCAGCAGGGGUGCAGCGGCGCGCACGGACGCACGAACUCGAGUAGCCCGGUCGCUGGCGCGGGCGCUCCCGCUUUUUCGCUCGACGAGCUUUCGUACGCGGGCAAACAGCCACAGCAGCAGCAGCAGCAGCAGCAGCAGCAGCAACGCCCGCUCACCAUCCCGUCGCUGUCGGCGUCCACGACCGGCCUCGCGGGGCGCUCACACGCGCACGACGACGGCUGGCCGUCGAGCAUGUCGGCCGAGGGCGGCGGCGCGUCGUCGUCGUCGACGACGACGCACCGGACCUCGCCCACCGCCGCGCGGGCGUCGACGUCCAAGGCACCGCUCGUCGCCUCGUCCUCGGUCCUCAUGCCGCCCGCAGGCGGGAACGGCGGCGGCGGCGGCGGCGGCGGUGGCGGCCCCGGCGGCGCGGCGAUGCGCACGCUGUCCGACCCGGCGUACUACUAUGGCGCGUACGGCUACUCGCCCAUGGGCGACGGCGCGCACGCGCAGCUGCAGCACCACCACCACCACCCGUACUCUGCGCCGGCGGCGACGAGCUACCCGGCGGGCGGCGUGCCGUUCGCGAGCGCUGCGAUGGCGCAGGACCCGAACCUCAUGCCGGGGGCGUCGACGUCGGAGGAGGAGGACGAGAGCCGGUUCGUGGCGGAUAGAUACUACUGAUGAUGUCUUGCAUAGUUGCG